AUGGUCUCUCCGGAGAACACGAAUUGGCUCAGUGAUUACCCUUUGAUUGACGGUGCUUUCUCUGAUCAAAAUCCCUCUUUUCCAUGGCAGAUCGAGAACGUGGAUGGUUCUGCUAGUGUCAGUGUUGAAGUUGAUGGCUUCCUUUGUGAUUCAGAUGUGAUCAAAGAACCUGGCUCAAAGAAGAGGAUCAAAUCUGAAUCUUGCGCUGGUUCUAACUCAAAAGCGUGUAGGGAGAAACAAAGACGUGAUAAGCUAAAUGACAAGUUUACGGAGUUGAGUUCCAUAUUGGAACCUGGAAGACUUCCAAAAACAGACAAGGUUGCUAUUCUCAAUGAUGCAAUCCGAAUGGUGAAUCAAGUAAGAGACGAAGCACACAAGUUAAAAGACUUGAACACAAGCCUUCAGGAGAAAAUCAAAGAGUUAAAGGAUGAGAAGAACGAGCUGCGUGAUGAGAAGCAGAAGCUGAAGAUUGAGAAGGAGAGAAUCGAGCAGCAACUGAAUGCGAUUAAGACACAGCCUCAGCCUCAGCCUUGUUUCUUACCGAAUCCGGCGACACUCUCUCAAGCUCAAGCUCCUGGAAGCAGCAAGCUUGUUCCUUUCACAACUUACCCUGGAUUUGCAAUGUGGCAGUUCAUGCCUCCUGCUGCUGUUGAUACCUCACAGGACCAUGUCCUUCGUCCUCCUGUUGCUUAA